AUGUUGGGCACCAAGAACCUUAACAUUAUUCUUAAGAGAGCCAAAAGAAUCAAGAAUGGCAGGACUGAGGAGGAUGGGGAGCUUCAAGCAAAACUCCCUGAGACGAUGAUUAUCAGUGCCAAUGAUUUUGUGCAGUUAAGGGCUUUGAACGUGCCCUGCGGAGAACACGUUGUUGGCAGCUCAUCGGCAGAAAAUGGAAUAGCUAGCAAAGCGCGAAACGGUUUCCAGUCAGAUAGCUCUGCGGAGGUACCACUUGCAGUGCACAGAUGUGAGGAGCACAGUGACGUUAUGCAAGGUGGAGAUGCACAAGGCGAUGACGCAGUUGAGGAUGCCUUCUUAGGAGAUAGAAUCAGAGCUCACAGACGCCCGGGCAUCCAUGGUCGUCAACUGAAGAAAUGGGUUCCAGUCCCUGAAGGCAUCCCUGAUGACGCCGGUAUUGAAGAUCUGGCGUAUGGUUGUGGUAUCGGUGGUCGAGACACUGGAUGGGACCAGUUUCGAGUUAAUAAAGAGAAGUUUGGCGUGGACACUACUUUUGAUGAAAGUAUUUACACAAGCCGGCUCGACGAAUCCAAGUCUCGGUACUCUCGAGCUGACGCUGAAAGAAUAGCGCAAGAAAUUCAAUCAGAGAAGACCAAGAGCACUCAUGUUGCACUUGAACGAGGCCUUGACCUGGAGAAUGAGGAGGGGGAAGAGGCCCUGCACUCCGCCGUGCUUAAUAACGAUGCUGAGGGUUUGGAUGGCCCCCCAGUCUCUGGCGCCCAGGCUGCACCAUCGUCCUUCCCCACAUCUCUCUUCCCACCUCUUCAAGCAAGUGCAACCAAAUCUCCAAACCAUAAGGCAGGAAAUGGGGUGAGUCCUGCCCGGGAACGAAUCGCGACAGAGACCACAAAAGAUGGCCGUUUUCAGUCCCCAGCAACCGAGACAGCAAGGCAGGCAGAGCCCAAACCGGCACCUGUCACGAAGACGUCCUAUGCAGAUAUCCUGAUGGGACGCCAAGGCACUGAAGGCAGCGCUGCAAGCCCGAAGCGUGAGCCCUCUCAGAUGCACAAGCAGGACGCUGCACACGACAGAGACCGCGCAGCACCGAAGACGCUCAUGACGUCACAGACUACGCUGGCCCAUUCAUUCGAUGCUGCGAUGGAACAGACUGGCAUGCAACAGAAGGGCCCAUGGGGCCGGGGUCGUGGCAUGCCAAAGGAAAUGAAUCCAUCACAUCCGCAGCGUCCAACUGGGAAUUCAGCGGAGCUAGGAGGUGCUCAGAAGGUCACUUGGGGCCGUGGCCACAUGGUUAUGAAGCUUGCGGCUGGUGCACCCUUGGCUGUGGGUGCCAGGACAAGCAAGAAAGCAGAAGUUGAAGCAGCAGUAUAUGGCUCCUCUGCUGUUCACCCAAAGCUGGGUAACACCACACAGCGCAUUCUGCCGACAUCUGUUUCACCUAAUCAGGGCGGAACUGAAUUUGUGGGUCCAACAGAAAUGAAGGGGAUCAUGGUCACAAAACAGGCUGUUGAAGAUCAUCCCCUUGGCAAAGGGCCUUUUGGCGCUGAUGCGAACAAAGUGAUGGAAGAUGUGAUACCAGAGGCUGCAAAAGGGCCUGCAGCUGAGGCCCCAAAGGCAGCCCUGUCGAAAGCUGAUGAUGGACCGCAAAGCUUGGCAAGUUCUCCAUCAGAGGGCUCGAGUCCAGGGACGAGGAGCCCUACAUCUGAUCUGCAGACUCCACCAAUGGAAAACCCGGGCUGCUCUAGUGCUGCGACCGCACAAACAUCACCGAAUGUGGUGAAUGUGCCCAAUGGCCCAGCAUCAUCACCCUUUGCACGGUCAAGAUCAGCUGUUCAGCCAGGCAUUUCCUACCUUGCUAAACUGCAGAUGGGUAGACAGCCAGCAGUGCAGCAACCCUCCGCACAUGAGUUGCAGACGUCUGCAAGAUCAUCGCAAGCGUCUGCUCAACAGUUGGUGACCCGGGAGCAAGAGUUGGGGCUGCAGUCUCCCCCAGCACUGCAGAAAUCUGUUGAAGAUGCUGCUGCACCCAGGCCGGGAAAAUCUGACGGGCUGACUGGAAGCAAGGCCAGCAGCAUCUCCAAGGCUCCUGUGGGGCGCAAUGGUGAUAUUGCAAUCAAUAGCAAGAUGACCCAGACCACAAAUGACCUGGGUACGAAAGCCAGGGCGUCCAAAGUUGACAGUGGGACAUCAACAUCUCUAGAUAUUGGCCAGCUUUCAGUUGAUGGACCCGGAUUGCCAGCGAAUUCUUCCCUGUUGGUUCAACCAACUGCCUUGACAUCCACAGAGCUUGGGGCAGCUACUAAGGUGGAGCAGAAGCCAAGAAAGGACAAAUUCACAAGGGGACGCGCCCAGGGUCCUGGUGAUGCUGCACACCACCCAGCUGUCCAGCCUUCUUCGAUGCCAGAUGCAAGCGACCCUGUUCCUGGUGGACCCGAACAGCAGCAGUGCUAUGACCGAUCGUACCAGCAGAACACAGCCCAGGUCCAGCAGCAGAAAACGAGGCUGAAUCCAAAUGCUCAGCCAUUCAAACCAGCCCCAGGGACAUUCCCAUCCUAUCAUCCUAUGCCUACUCCCUAUGAAGUGCGUCCAUCGAUGGAGACCUACACCGUGCUGAGCUUGGCUCAGAUGCACCACAUGAGCCAGAUGGCACAGAUGGGCGUUCCCAGAAACGCCCAGUGGGGCCCAAAUAAUGCCAGUCCAGGCGGGCCGGCCCCAGGGCGGUCGAAUUCCGGCAGCAGAGGUCACCAGCCUGAGCAAAAUGGCAACACUGGCCCAAACGUUGUCACUCCUUGGCCAACCUUCCCUGGGACGGGCGUCUGGCAUUCUGAGGAGCAGAUGCACUCAGGGGCUAUGUUGUCGGGGUACGGCAUGCCGGGUGGCUUCCCAGUGUUCAUGGGGCCCGCAGGGUCCUACGUCGGGGCCCCGCAGGAUGCGAGGAUGUGGGGCUCACACGCGGGCUCUGGGGGCCCGUACAGGGGAAUGCCCCCGCCCAAUGGUGCCACGUUGCUUGGCUCCGCCUACAUGCAUCCCCCAGUAGUACGCUGGAGACCGAAAGGGAGAAGCGGUCAUUCGGGGAGCCGCAGCUGUACCAGCAGCAGUGGCGGUCUGCUCAGGGUACAACAUCGGAGCGCCAAUCGGGGGAAUGAUGGCAUCACUCGGGCCAGCAAGGCAUCUGCGUGA